CACAUAGUUCGGUUGGUUAGCACAUGCGAUUACGCAUACCAUGGACUUUCUAGUUGUGCCAUUGGUCGAUAGUGUUUGCAAAUAAAUCCAGAUAAGGGUGGAGGUGGUGUACAACUGUAGGUACCAGUACGUCAGUUCGAGUCAAGAACGAAAUAUGCCAAACCGCUUCGAUAGAUUCGAGGACAAGCAAGUUGGAGCUUCAAGUCCCGUUAUGGAGGAAAGCCAUAUGCCACAUUUGAUCCCUGUUACACCUCCGAUUUCCAACGACUCACCUCCUUCAUAUCCAACUUCUGUUUCAAUGGCGGUUACUCCAGAUCAACUGCAAUAUACUUGGGAAGAGCAACAAGUCAGGAACAUGCAGGAUCAUCAGUUACAGGAGUUUAUCAUGAAUGACUUCAUAAAACCUCCCCAAAUUAAAACCAAUGAUGACCCAGAUUUCUCCCCAACCCACGUUCAAACCAGUAGCAAACGUGCCAGGACGGCGUACACGUCCACCCAACUCGUACAACUGGAAAAGGAGUUCAACAUCAACAAAUACCUGUGCAGACCCAGAAGAAUACAAAUCGCCCAAGACCUCUGCCUCUCAGAAAGACAGAUCAAGAUUUGGUUCCAGAACAGGCGCAUGAAGCACAAGAAGGAAACCAAGAAUAAGUCCCCGACAGCUGAUAAUGGGAUGUCCCCAACUUUGUCGCCGACUUCCAACAACUCCUCACCGACCGUUCCUUUAAGAGGUGUCAAAACUGAAGACAACUCUGUCAUGCACAAUCAACUCAUGGAGCAACAGUACAAUCAGUAUUACGGACAGUAUUACCAACAAUUCCCGCAAGGUGCCUAUUACGACAACAGCCCCAAUGCUCAGUUUGAUGCUUACAAUCAGUACAAUCUUCCCAACGUGGUUGAUGAUCAGUACCCACGUGAUAUGUUCAGAACUCCCACAAGACCAGAGCAGUUUGUCGACUCAGUGGUCGAUGGAGGUUACCAGAAUCGUCUACCGGAUAAUUUUAAUUGGCCCAGUGCCGAAUAUUCUGAAAUAAGUCCGUCUCCUAAUAGUCUAACACCCCUGUAA